ACCCAUCAACUGAUUUUGCAAGUGCAACAUGGCCUCUAACAGUACUGGAGCAGUUUCUUCUGGUCUACGCAACAGGUUCUUCAUCAUAAGACACGGACUGGCUGAGAGUAACGUUAAAGGUGUACUGGUAUCUGAUCCAGCCAAUGGAGUGGAUGGAUAUGGACUCACUGAUGAAGGGAAAGAACAAGCUAAACAAGCUGCUGUUCAGUUCAGGUCACUCCUCAGUGAUAAAGAAAUUAAUAAAAUUCAAUUAGUUUCUUCUGAUUUUCUACGUACACGUCAGACAGCUGAGAUACUCCACUCAGAGCUGCAACUUAAGCGUCCAAUCAAAUUUGAGCCUAGAAUCCGUGAGAGGGGUCUUGGUUCUCUAGAGUUGACUCCAGUUAGUAACGUUCAUGACAUGUGGAAGAGUGAUGAAUUAGAUCCAACUUCAGCCAUUAAUGGAGUGGAGAGUGUGUCUUCAAUGACCUUAAGAUUAACACGAGUCAUUAAAGACUAUGAUACAGAGUAUGAGGAUCUAGUGAUUGUGCUAGUCUCACAUGGAGAUCCAUGUCAAUGUAUCCAUUCCUUCUUUAUUGGUUUACCUCCUAACGAGUUCAGGGCCUCCAACAGGAUGUAUGGAAACUGUGAGAUUAGGGAACUCAUCGACAAAUAACUCUUGAACCUCCUUGAGUUUUACUAUGAGCUAGUUAUUGUAUUUAUUUAUUAUUUGAUUUGUUUUAAAAGGACCACUUUUACAAGCUGA